AUGGAGGACCAGUUUGCUGCCCUGCAUGAGAACCCCGACAUAAUCAUUGCCACCCCCGGGCGCCUGGUGCACGUGGCAGUGGAGAUGAAGCUGAAGCUGCACACGGUGGAGUACGUGGUGUUCGACGAGGCCGACAGGUCAGCGGGGCCUGGGGGGACUCCAGUGUCCCCAGGGGGGAGUGAGGUGUCCUGGGAGGUGGCAGGGCUGGGCACGGAGGGUUUGGCCGGCGCGCGGGCCCUCGUCCUCUCGCCCACCCGGGAGCUGGCCCUGCAGACCCUCAAGUUCACCAAGGAGCUGGGCAAGUUCACAGGCUUGAAGACAGCCCUGAUCUUGGGAGGAGACAAGAUGGAGGACCAGUUUGCUGCCCUGCAUGAGAACCCCGACAUAAUCAUUGCCACCCCCGGGCGCCUGGUGCACGUGGCAGUGGAGAUGAAGCUGAAGCUGCACACGGUGGAGUACGUGGUGUUCGACGAGGCCGACAGGCUCUUUGAGAUGGGCUUUGCUGAGCAGCUCCAGGAGAUCAUCGCCCGGCUCCCAGACUGUCACCAGACUGUCCUCUUCUCCGCCACGCUGCCCAAGCUGCUCGUGGAGUUUGCCCGGGCUGGGCUCACUGAGCCGAUGCUGAUCCGGCUGGAUGUGGAGUCCAAGCUCAGCGAGCAGCUCAAGCUGGCUUUCUUCCACGUGCGUGGGGACGACAAACCUGCCGUGCUGCUCCACCUGCUCCGGAGUGUGGUGAAGCCCCAGGACCAGACCGUCGUCUUUGUGGCCACCAAGCACCACACAGAGUAUCUCAAGGAGCUGCUGACAGCUCAGGGCAUCCGCUGCACCCACAUCUACAGCUCACUGGACCAGACUGCCCGCAAGAUCAACAUUGCCAAGUUCUCCAACGGCAAGUGCCCGGUGCUGCUGGUCACCGACGUGGCCGCCCGCGGGCUGGACAUCCCCAUGCUGGAUAAUGUCAUCAACUACAGCUUCCCUGCCAAGGCCAAGCUCUUCCUGCAUCGUGUUGGUCGUGUGGCCCGGGCUGGCCGGAGUGGCACUGCCUAUUCCCUGGUGGCUCCUGAUGAGAUGCCCUACGUCUUUGACCUCCACCUCUUCCUGGGGCACUCGCUGGUCCUCGCUGGUGCCCAGGAGUUGCCUGCAGAUACUGGCGGGGUCCUGGGCCGUGUCCCCCAGAGCCUGGUGGAUGACGAGGAGUGCCUGCUGCUGACGGACCACGAGGGUUCCCUGGAGCUGAGCAGCCUGCGCCGCGUCGCCGACAACGCCCAGAAGCAGUACCUGCGCUCCCGGCCCGGCCCCUCACCCGAGUCCAUCAAGAGGGCAAAGGACCUGGAUGUGUCCCAGCUGGGCAUCCACCCACUCUUCCGUGCUCGCUUUGAGGACACGGAGCUGGAGAGGCUGAAGUUCGUGGACAGCAUUAAAACCUACAAGUCCAAGGCAACCAUCUUUGAGAUCAACGCCACCUCCCGCACGCUGGCCAGCUCCGUGAUGCGCUCCAAGCGGCGCCGCGACCGUGCCCUGAUUGAGAAGUUCCAGCGUGGGCAGCAGGAGAAACGGGCAGCAGCUCUCAAAGGGCUGCGCCCAGACCCCCCCAGACCCCAGGAGGGAGGAGGAGGAGGAGAGGAGGAAGACCUCCAGGACGUGUUCUCCAACGUGGGGGGCCAGAAGCGAAAGCGGAGCCGAGGGGGAGAAGAUGGUGCCAGGAAAAAGCCACAGCAGCCAACACAGCAGGAUGAGGACUUCUACAUCCCUUACCGGCCCAAGGACUUUGAGAGCGAGAGGGGGCUGAGCGUGGGUGACAGCAGCCCCUUCGAGCAACAGGCAGCUGGAGCUGUCCUGGAUCUCAUGGGCGAUGAAAACCACAACCUCAACAAGAACAAGCAGCUGCUGAAGUGGGACCGCAAGAAGAAGCGGUUUGUGGGGCAGACGGGCCAGGAGGACAAGAAGAAGGUGCGAACGGAGAGCGGGCGCUACAUCAGCAGCUCCUACAAGAACAACCUCUAUGAGAAGUGGAAGCAGAAAUACAAGGUUGAUGAGCGGGAUGAGGAUGAGGAAGACACCCGAGGCAGGCAGCAGUACCGAGGGAAGCACAAACACGGGCAGGGACAGCCCCCCGCCCAGGGCAGGGUGCGCUCAGAGCUGAGGAACAAGCAGCAGAUCCUGAAGCAGCGCAAGAAGGCGGCCAAGCAGCGGUUCCUGCAGAGCGGGGGGCUGAAGCGCCUGCGGGCACGGAACCGGCAGCGGGUGCAGCAGCUGCAGCAAAUGGCCUUUGGGCGCAGGGUGGGGGGCGCCAAGAAGGGCAAGCUGAGGAAGAGGGUCUAG